UUUGGGCGUUUUAAAUUUUUACAAAUUAUCUUGCAAGUCAGUGGGACAGAUUCGCCCACUCAAGAAUGUAAACAAAAAAUUACUUUUUCAUCACCAUACUCUUCACCUUUGUUUAUUUAAAUAAUUAAACAAUGAUAGUACUUAGACUGCCAUAAUUCAAUUUUAACGGUCAUGUUUUCAUUACAUCCACAGAAAUAAAAUCAAUGAUUAUGCAAAAAAAUAUCUCUAUAGAGACAUAAGCCAUUGAUUUAAUUACAUUGUCAAACAUGGAACUGCAAUACGUGUAUCAAAAAAAGAGGGCCGAAUUUGGUCGCCAAUGCAUAUUUUCUGAUAAAGGUCCAGAUCUGAUAGACAACUAUGCAGCCAAUAAAGAAUUGGGGCAGAAUUAUAUUUUACAAGAUCCGGUUUCGCAAGGAUCACAGUGUGGCCCUAUACUUGCUGAACACGAACUCAACACAACACGAGCAAACUUUGUGAAUUGUGGUAUAAACCAUAUCGAAGGUGGAUGGCCUAAAGAUGUAAAUAAAGACGACGAAGAACAAACGAAACGGUACCGAAGGAAAAUUGAAAAAGAUGACGCAUACAAUCCGAUUAUCAUGCAAUUGUGCAAAAGUAUGGAAAACUGCGUAUUACAAAAUAAUUCCAUUAACAUUUAUCAACAAUAUUUUUCCGACAUUGAAGCAACUCCAUUAGUGGAAAAAAGUUCGGCACGUACUGUGAACGUAUACCAAGACCAGUGUCAUACAAAACGACCGAUUAAUCGUAUUUCUUGGUCUCCCGAUGGUGGUACCAAACUAGCCGUGACCCACUGUGAUUUAACAUUUCAAAAACCGACAAACAUAGAUGGAUGCCACUCCUAUCUUUGGGAAGUUGAGAACCCAAAUCGGCCUCUACUCAUUUUUACACCCAGGGCCACGCCGAUGGUAUGUCUGGAAUACCAUACGAAAGAUGUCAAUACACUUGUGAGCGGACAUCUAAGUGGUAGAAUUGCGGUGUGGGACGCCCGAAAGGGAUGCGAACCUGUUCAAAGGAGCGUAACGGACAUUAGUCACCGAGAGCCGGUAAACUGUGUUUUAUGGAUAAAUGCAAAGUCUGGGUUGGAGUUCUUUAGUACAUCCACAGAUGGGCAAGUAAAAUGGUGGGAUGCCAGAAAAUUAUCAGAACCCUUGGAAACAUUGGAAUUAAUGUCUCCUAGCGAAACAACACAACGGCCCAUGAGUGCGUGUUCUUUAGAAUAUGAGCCGACUAUUCCGACCAGAUUUAUGGUGGGUACGGAGAAAGGGGUAAUCAUUUCGUGUAAUCGAAAAGGAAAAUCGCCAAGUGAAAAGAUGGCAACUCGGUAUAUGGCGCAUUUGGGUCCGGUUUUAGCCAUACAGCGUAAUGCGGCAUAUGUAAAAAAUUUUCUUACCAUUGGAGAUUGGACGGCGCGAAUAUGGUCGGAGGAUUGCAAAGAAAGUUCAAUUAUAUGGACAUGUUACCAUAGAGAUCAGCUUAUUGACGGAGGUUGGAGCCCUACCAGAGUAUCCGUAUUUUUUACGGCACGAAGCGAUGGUACUCUCGAUGUAUGGGAUAUACUUCAACAACAGAAGCAGGCUUGCCUUGGCAUUAAAGUAAGCGAUGAGUCGCUUAGUUGCUUACGUGUUCAUGAUCAGGGGCGAUUAGUUGCCGUUGGCAAUGUGAAAGGUACCACAAAUUUAGUCCAAUUAAGUGAAAAUCUUUCAACCAGUAGUAAAGUAGACAGAACAUUACUAACGGCGAUGUUUGAAAGGGAAAAUAAACGUGAAAAAAUUUUAGAAGCGCGUAAUAGAGAAAUAAGAUUAAAAAUGAAAACUAAAAGCACUCAAGUUAUUGGGGUGGAGAGUGUCUGCCAUUUGGAUAAUUUGCAACCUUUUGCGGUCAAUAUUGCAAAAGACCCCGGUGUCAGAACAACUGAAGAUGAAUUCUUUAACACAAUUGCUAAAGGUGAAGAUAAGGGUAUGAUAUUAAUACAUUAUGUUAGUUUAUUUCUCUCCACAUUGUCGAUUUUUUAGAAUCAAUCAAGGAAUAGGAACAUUUAUAGAAACUAAACAUUAUUUAUAAUACAAUGGAAUUGUAA